AUGAACGCCGCUACUACGUUUCGGGCUCUUGUUUUGAAGAGGCUUGAUAUUGCUGCUGGUUCUGAAAAGAAGUACUCUAAGAAGAUUGAUGUGUUGUUGGCUUGCGCUCCGGUGAAACAGUUUCAAGCAGGUUUGAAAAACACUGCAUUUCCUUCUCCUGAAGAAAUUUCAUCCAAAUCAUGGCCUCAGUUGGUGGAGAGUUUUCCCUUUGUCCAACAAGUUGCAUCGGUCUUGGAGAAACGGAACGUCCUUGUUGAAUUUGUAAAAGGAUUGGUACGAGGACAACAUCCUGAUGAGGAGGGAUUUGCUAAAGAGUUUCUCGAUAAAUCGCCAGAAAUCCAAACUUGCUACGAUCUAUUGAGAAGCAACAAGUUGGAAGAAGAGCUCAAGAACAUCAUGUUCAAAGCCAUAUUGAAUGAUACGCCUGUAAAGAUGUUUCUUGAUGAUCUCUUUUCUGAAUUCAAAGAAGAAAUUAUCAAGGAAAACCUUUCAUCUGCUUCCGUUAUUGAGGCUGGGCUUAAGAAAAAAGGGAUGCAAACAACACCAUUAGUCAUUUCGCUUGCUUUAAGCGUAGGUGCGGAUGGGUUAAAGAGGUUCUAUGAGAAGAGCAAACACUUUAAGUUUUGGCAGACAAUGUUGGACGAGAACUCUCAUCUAAACCAAUGUUGCGCUAUUUCGAGAUUUAGAUCAGAAGCUGACAACAUUGAAGUUGCACAAACACUACUCCAAGCUACUCGUGAGGCAGUGGCUGAAGAGUAUAACGAACUUGUGUCCAAACGUUAUCAAUCAACGCUUCUUAAAAAGGAGGCCCAACCAAUUCCAUCCUCAACAAAAAAAAAAUCGAUGACCAAAACACCCACUCCACAAUCAUCCAACAACAAGAUUGUAACAACUAUAGCUUCAUCGUCCAACAACGUGGUAACAGUUACAUCGCCAUCCUCUCAACAAUCAUCCAAAAACAAGGUUGUAACCACUAGUGCUUCAUCAUCCAACAACGUGGAAACAAAUACAUCGCCAUCCUCUCAGCUGCCAUCCAACGUAGAAGCAUUAGCCGUUUCUCAAGAAAAUAUGGCUGAUGAAAAAAUGUCGGUAGAUCAAAUAUACAACGCCUUAAUCAACAACGAUCAUAAGGCAAUGGCUUCGUUCUAUUUUUCUCUUUCCGACUUGCCUCAACAAAUUCGUGGCUUGAACGAAACACUGAUAAAAAUGGAUGCGAGAAUCACAAACUUUGAAAAGAGAAUGGAGAAGGAGAUGAAAGAGAUCCGUGAUGACUUACGAAUUAUUAAUACAAACAUUGGUUGUUUAUAUGAAGGUCAAGUGAAACUUCAAUUCCAAAAAGAUGACGAAUUUAUAACUCACAAUCCAGUUGUAUUGAAGGAAUCUGAGAAUCAAGCAGCAUUUGCUAUUGCUCGAGCCAAUCAAGUUUAUUCAUCGUAUCUUAUGACUCUACAUUUGAAUAACAAAAUUAGCGACGAGAACGCCAGAAAACUGAAUUUAGAAACAAAAGAAAUUGAAAUUAAUUUCAUCAAGAAGCACAAAGUAACGGGAGCUGUAGAAAUUUUCGAAGCUACUAUUUCGUCAUUUAGUAGCGAUGAGAAAUUGUUGACGAAAAUGAUACAAUUAGAACGUCAAAUUAUGUUUUACAAGGAAUGUUUCAAAAACACCAUCAUCAGUUUGGGUUUGGGUUUGGGUUUGGGUUUGGGUUUGGGUUUGGGUUUGGGUUUGGGUUUGGGUUUGGGUUUGGGUUUGGGUUUGGGUUUGGGUUUGGGUUUGGGUUUGGGUUUGGGUUUGGGUUUGGGUUUGGGUUUGGGUUUGGGUUUGGGUUUGGGUUUGGGUUUGGGUUUGGGUUUGGGUUUGGGUUUGGGUUUGGGUUUGGGUUUGGGUUUGGGUUUGGGUUUGGGUUUGGGUUUGGGUUUGGGUUUGGGUUUGGGUUUGGGUUUGGGUUUGGGUUUGGGUUUGGGUUUGGGUUUGGGUUUGGGUUUGGGUUUGGGUUUGGGUUUGGGUUUGGGUUUGGGUUUGGGUUUGGGUUUGGGUUUGGGUUUGGGUUUGGGUUUGGGUUUGGGUUUGGGUUUGGGUUUGGGUUUGGGUUUGGGUUUGGGUUUGGGUUUGGGUUUGGGUUUGGGUUUGGGUUUGGGUUUGGGUUUGGGUUUGGGUUUGGGUUUGGGUUUGGGUUUGGGUUUGGGUUUGGGUUUGGGUUUGGGUUUGGGUUUGGGUUUGGGUUUGGGUUUGGGUUUGGGUUUGGGUUUGGGUUUGGGUUUGGGUUUGGGUUUGGGUUUGGGUUUGGGUUUGGGUUUGGGUUUGGGUUUGGGUUUGGGUUUGGGUUUGGGUUUGGGUUUGGGUUUGGGUUUGGGUUUGGGUUUGGGUUUGGGUUUGGGUUUGGGUUUGGGUUUGGGUUUGGGUUUGGGUUUGGGUUUGGGUUUGGGUUUGGGUUUGGGUUUGGGUUUGGGUUUGGGUUUGGGUUUGGGUUUGGGUUUGGGUUUGGGUUUGGGUUUGGGUUUGGGUUUGGGUUUGGGUUUGGGUUUGGGUUUGGGUUUGGGUUUGGGUUUGGGUUUGGGUUUGGGUUUGGGUUUGGGUUUGGGUUUGGGUUUGGGUUUGGGUUUGGGUUUGGGUUUGGGUUUGGGUUUGGGUUUGGGUUUGGGUUUGGGUUUGGGUUUGGGUUUGGGUUUUUGGGUUUGGGUUUGG